GUUUGGUUUAUGCGAGAAUUCAUGGCAUCGGAAGGCAUACAAGGAAGAGUGACAUUAUUAGCAUGAUAGGGUCCUCUAAUUUGAGCCAAGAUGACGUUAGAUUCGAGUACAACGCGAACUAUGCUCCAGUUGCAGUGAUGAUUCAGUUCCCUUCUCGGAAUGCUUAUGACGCUUCACUUAGGGCAGUUCUUCGGAAGAGUCGCUUAUUCAGAAUGGAGAAGGCUGAUCGUCAGCAGUGGGACACUUUGCCACGCUAUGAUGGAAAAACUAUUUUAUUGCAAGGGGUCCCUCGGAACGCAGUGCCCGAUGAUGUGGAACGCUUCCUUGCUGGUUGCCAGUAUGAUUCAUCAUCAAUCCAAAUGUUUGCCAGACAACAACGAGCUUUUGAUAGACCACCAGCAAGAACAGUCCUUGUGGAGUUUCCCUCGCAUGCUCUAGCUACACAUGCAUUUAUUACGAAGAACAGAGGCUUUUGUCUUAAUAACCAAGUUGCAGUACGACUUCUUCAGUAGUCUCAUCCAUCUGCAAGAUAAUCUACUUUUUUGUUUCCUUGUUGGCGAUGUUAGAUUGCUAGGAUGUGGAAUGAUAAUUUUAAAUGUUUGGAUCAUCGGCCUGCUUGUCCAGUCUUCAGUCCUUCCGAAUGAGAACUAUUUUCAUUUACGGUAGAAAAAGCUGAGAUGAUAUUCAAAAUACUAUAGCCUUAUUUUGAAUAACAUUACUUUGUGAAAACUGACCAAAAAAGAGAUCAUCUUAAUCUUUUGCUUGGAUUGUUUGAUCUUGCCAGCAAUUGUCCUCGAAAUGAUAUUAGCUGUCUUAGUUGGCACUGUAGGUUUUAUUCACAAUUUAUUGAUUUGAAGAUCUUAAAGUUUGAUGAUACUAGCA